AUGGCACCUCCUACUCAUCGCUCGGCGCCCAAGCGUCUAUCAUUGUCUCCGCCUUUAUGGAAAGACCAACUCCGCCAGCGAUGUCUACAGCGCCUUAAGCGAGAUCGGGUACAGCUGCUGGCCAAGUUACGACAUCCAGACGCCUGCACGAGUGUCUCGGAGGAGAUGCAGCGGCUCGUUGCUCACGAGCAGAACGUUUCGUCCUGUGCAUCAGUGGACGAUCUACUGCUACUGGGGAAAAUGAGAGAAAGUGACUAUUUGGAGAUUGUUCAUGCACUGGAGGACGCAUUGCGACAAGACGAAGAGGAGGAGGAGCUGCAACACAUGACUGACCUGGAAAACGCCGAGCUAGAGGCCAUGCUGGCUGGAAUGGACCUCAGGGACGAGCUGCAGGAGCAGCAGCAGUCAAAUGUAUAUCGUGAAUGUGGAAAGAUGCAGGAGGUUGUGACCCAGGACAUCUCGGUGUUGUGUCCUUAUUGCAGAGCUGGCUACCUGAGAGAGGAGACGCUUGAUGUGACGACAGUUCCCUUCAUCGCAUGUAAUUGCGGCUUUACUUUUCACGUUCAGUACGUGUAUCACGGCGUGUUAGAAGACUUUCAGGAAAAAAUCGUCAAUGCCUUUAUGACACAUCGGAACUUGUGCUUCGCCGAUCCAGUUUUCGAGAAGAAGGAAAAAGUGUCACUGGAAGAAGCGGACGCCCUUUGCAUAAAGUGCGCGCACUGCGGCUGUGACGACAUCCUGUCAUAA